GGGGCCGGGGAGCCGCCCGCCACGCCCGCGGGGCUGGGCGCGGGGGGAGACCGCGUCUGCUUCAACUUGGGCCGCGAGCUCUAUUUCUACCCGGGCUGCUGCCGCCGCGGGAGCCAACGGUCCAUUGACCUCAACAAGCCAAUUGACAAGCGGAUCUACAAGGGCACCCAGCCCACUUGCCACGACUUCAACCAGUUCACUGCUGCCACGGAGACCAUCUCCCUGCUGGUGGGUUUCUCAGCUGGCCAGGUGCAAUACCUGGAUCUCAUCAAGAAGGACACCAGCAAGUUAUUCAAUGAGGAGCGGUUGAUCGACAAGACCAAGGUGACAUAUCUUAAGUGGCUGCCUGAGUCGGAAAGCCUGUUCCUGGCGUCGCACGCCAGCGGCCACCUGUACCUGUACAACGUCAGCCACCCCUGCGCCUCAGCCCCACCCCAGUACAGCCUGCUGAAGCAGGGCGAGGGCUUCUCCGUCUAUGCUGCCAAGAGCAAGGCGCCCCGCAACCCGCUGGCCAAGUGGGCAGUGGGGGAGGGGCCCCUCAACGAGUUCGCCUUCUCGCCCGACGGACGGCACCUGGCCUGCGUCAGCCAGGAUGGCUGCCUGCGCAUCUUCCACUUCGACUCCAUGCUCCUGCGCGGGCUCAUGAAGAGCUACUUUGGGGGCCUGCUCUGUGUGUGCUGGAGCCCUGAUGGCCGCUACGUGGUGACGGGCGGUGAAGAUGACCUGGUCACUGUGUGGUCCUUCACUGAGGGCCGUGUGGUGGCCCGUGGCCACGGCCACAAGUCCUGGGUCAAUGCAGUGGCCUUCGACCCCUACACUACGCGGGCAGAGGAGGUGACGUCAGCAGCCAGUGGUGACGGGGAGCGGAUUGGCGAAGACGAGGAGGAGCCUGAGGUCUCGGGUGCAGGCUCGACUGGGGGUGUCCCACUCUCCCCACUGCCCAAGGCCGGCUCCAUCACCUACCGCUUCGGCUCGGCGGGCCAGGACACGCAGUUCUGCCUGUGGGACCUCACUGAAGAUGUGCUGUACCCGCACCCUCCCCUGGCCCGCACCCGCACACUCCCUGGCACACCUAGCACCACACCGCCAGCUGCCAGCAGCUCCAGGGGUGGCGAGUCAGGCCCCAGCCCCCUGCCCCGCUCCCUGUCCCGCUCCAACAGCCUCCCUCACCCGGCGGGCGGCGGCAAGGCGGGUGGCCCAGGCGUGGCAGCAGAGCCUGGUACUCCAUUCAGCAUCGGCCGCUUUGCCACACUCACGCUGCAGGAGCGGCGGGACCGCGGGGCUGAGAAGGAGCAUAAGCGCUACCACAGCCUGGGCAACAUCAGCCGGGGCGGCAGUGGGGGCAGCGGCGGUGGGGACAAGCCCAGUGGCCCCACCCCCCGCAGCCGCCUGGACCCUGCCAAGGUGCUGGGCACCGCGCUGUGCCCGCGCAUCCACGAGGUGCCGCUGCUGGAGCCCCUUGUGUGCAAGAAGAUCGCCCAGGAGCGGCUCACGGUCCUCCUCUUCCUGGAGGACUGCAUCAUCACUGCCUGCCAAGAGGGCCUCAUCUGCACCUGGGCCCGGCCAGGCAAGGCGUUCACUGACGAGGAGAAGGAGGCCCAGACAGGGGAAGGAAGUUGGCCCAGGUCACCCAGCAAGUCAGUGGUAGAGGAGCUGGGCGCCUCCGACCUGGCCCAGGACAAGUAUGUGGCCGACUUCUUGCAGUGGGCGGAGCCCAUCGUGGGGAGGCUUAAGGAGGUCCGACUGCAGAGGGACGACUUCGAGAUUCUGAAGGUGAUCGGACGCGGGGCGUUCAGCGAGGGGGACUACUGA